AGUUGAGAUACUUAGAUCUCUCAUAUGCUAAUUUCGGUGGAACUAUGUCUUCUGUACUGAGGAAUCUGUCUAGCUUGCAAUUUCUUGAUCUGAGUUGUAAUCAUUUUAUUGAUAUUGGAAACAGCGAUUGGGUUUCUGGUCUUUCCUCUUUAACUAAACUUGAUCUAAGUGGAAUUCCACUGGUUAACCCCAACCAUUGGUUGCAGAUAGUUAACAAUUAUAAGCUCAUUCACCUUCAAUCAUUACGGCUAGACUCUUGCUUUUCUGGAGAUGAGAUUAAUACUCUGCCACUUUCCCCUAUCAAUUCUUCUUCCGCUCUUACAGACAUCUCUCUCUUUGACAACAACUUUGUGAUUCCUUCAAUAUACCCAUGGUUGUCUAACAUCUCCCAGAAUAUCCAAUAUCUUGAUCUUUCUUCUAACAUUUUAUAUGGUUCAGCUCUUGCUGAUUUUGAUAAAAUGAUUUCUCUUCAAUAUCUUUCUCUCUUUAAUACUACAGUUGGGGCCUAUAUUCCAAAAUCCUUUGGGAACAUGUCUCAAUUGCACUCUCUAGACCUGUCAUUUAACAAGUUCAACAUGAAACUUUUUGACUUGAUCCAAAAUCUAUCCGGAUUUACUGAGAGAUCUUUAGAUGCAUUAUCUUUGGACCACAAUCAAAUAGGAGGUUCAUUGCCUGAUGAUAUUGCAAGAUUUUCAUCUUUAAGAUAUUUAUUUCUCGAAAACAAUCAUUUGAAUGGGACCAUAAGUAAAAGCAUUGGAUGUCUGUCUCAACUCGAAGAAUUUAACAUCAGCUCGAAUUCAUUGAGUGGUGUUAUCUCCGAACAUCAUUUCUCAAAUAUGUCAGAAUUAGUUUUGUUGGAUUUAUCAGGUAAUUCUCUAAUUUUGAAUAUAAGUGUCAACUGGGUUCCCCCUUCCAGCUUAGCAAAUAUCAUUCUUGCAUCUUGCAAGAUUGGGCCUCAUUUCCCAAAAUGGCUUCAUAGUCUAAAUAAUUAUUUUGCGCUUGAUAUUUCAAAUGCUGGAAUUUCUGAUUUUGUUCCUAACUGGUUUUGGGGUUUGUCUUCACUUUAUUUUUAUUUAAAUAUCUCCUAUAAUAAUUUGAGUGGAACAGUGCCAAAUAUUCUUGUUGAGACUAAUUAUUUCUCUAUUAUAGAUAUGAGUUAUAAUUGUUUCAUUGGUCCAUUACCUUUUCUUUCAAAAUCUGAGUUACCUAUGCACUUAGACCUUUCGAAUAAUCAAUUUUCUGGAGUAAUUCCUCGUAUGCAUAUGCAAAAUUUUCAAAAUUUAGUGUUCUUGAAUUUGGUUAACAAUGAUUUGUCUAGCAAAAUUCCUUCUUCUAUUGGAUUCCUUUUUAAACUUCAAACACUAAAUUUAAAAAAUAAUAAAUUAUCAGGAGAGUUGCCUUUUUCUUUAAGGAAUUGCACUAAUUUGAAAUUCAUUGACCUAAGUGGUAACAAAUUGUCUGGUAAUGUACCUAUUUGGUUUGGAAAAAGCUUAUCAUCUUUGCAAUAUAUUAGCCUACGAUCCAACCAAUUCUCUGGAAGCAUGCCCUUACAGUUUUGCCAAUUGACAAAUGUUCAGAUAUUAGAUCUCUCUAUAAACAAUAUCAAUGGAACCAUACCACAUUGCUUGAACAAUUUAAGAGCCAUGAUUGAUGAGAAUUCUAAUGAGACCAUUCUCCAUGACUAUGGCCGUCCAAUGAUUGGCAUGCCUACAAUUGAAUCUACAUAUUAUGACAAGGCGUUGGUUCUUUGGAAGGGCUCAGAGUAUAUAUUAGAUAAAAAUCUUGGACGAUUUAGGAUAAUUGAUCUUUCAAGUAACAAAAUAGAAGGAGAGAUUCCAAGAGAAAUAGCAAUCCUCUCAAGUCUUAGGCAAUUGAACUUGUCCAAUAACAAGUUGAGUGGUGCAAUUCCUAAAGAAAUUGAUGGCUUGAAGCAAUUAGAGUCGCUUGAUCUGUCUCAAAAUCAACUAUCAGGCAGACUUCCUGCAAGCAUCUCUAAUUUAAAUUUUUUGAAUACCUUGAAUUUGUCACAUAAUAAUUUUCUUGGAAAAAUUCCAUCGGGUACUCAACUGCAGACCUUUAAUGCUUCUACAUAUAGUAAUAAUCCAGCACUUUGUGGGUCUCCACUUCCACAAAAAUGUCCAGAAGACAAUAUUCAAGAUUCUCCAUCCAGUCAUGAUGAUCAUGAUAAUCAAGAAGAUGAAUUCAACAAAUCGCUUUACCUUGGUAUGGGAGUUGGAUUCGCCGUAGGCUUUUGGGGUGUUUCUGGCGUUUUAUUGUUAAAGCGUUCUUAUAGACAUGCUUUUUUUAAGUUCGUGGAUGAUUUGAAAGAUUGGAUUUAUGUAAGAACAGUAAUAUACAUGAAGAAAUUGCAGCAAAUCAAGAAUCUGGUGCCGCUGAUGCAACAUUAAUUGGGGCUGGUUGCUGUAUAUCAAUAGAUAUAUAAUUUUAAUUCUAAUGUAAUAGUGCAAAUGAGUUUAAUUACUGUUUGUACCAUUUGCUACAGUCUGAUAAUGAAAAUU